AUGAUGAUGAGGGAGGAGGGAAUAAGGAAGGAAGAGGGUGCGGUGAGAUUUUCAGGUAGUGGUGGUGGUGGCGGUGGUGGCGUGAAUCUCUGGAACGAAGAACUAACAAACGACGUUAGGAAAAAAAUAGAAAAACACUGGAGUUGUAAAACGUUAGAUUUUAGUCGAAUCGAUGAAAAUAACGAUAAAGAAAAAUUUUACGUUUUGUCAAUGUUUCCGUAUCCGUCGGGAUCUCUUCACAUGGGUCACGUUAGAGUGUAUAGCAUAAGCGACGUACUAGCAAGAUUUUUCAGAAUGAGAGGGAAAAAUGUCAUACAUCCCAUGGGUUGGGACGCUUUUGGUUUGCCGGCGGAAAAUGCCGCUUUCGAAAAGGGUAUAAAUCCGGACGAGUGGACUCAACAAAACAUAGCAAACAUGAAAUCCGUCAUGGAAAAAUUGUGUUUUAGUUUUGACUGGAGUAGAGAAUUCGCGACGUGCGAUUCCGAUUAUUACAAAUGGACUCAGUUUUUAUUUUUGAAACUUUACGAAAGGGGAUUAGUGUAUAGGAAAGAAGCGGUCGUGAAUUGGGAUCCCGUGGAUUUAACCGUUUUAGCCGACGAACAAGUGGAUGCAAACGGUCGGUCAUGGCGUUCGGGAGCCAUUGUCGAAAAGAAAUUAUUAAAACAGUGGUUCGUGAAAACGACGAGUUUUUCUCAAUUGUUAUACGACGGUUUGGAGGAUCCGAUUUUAGAAGAUUGGAAAGAAAUAAAACCGAUACAAAGGAAUUGGAUCGGAAAACUCGACGGAACUUUCAUAAAUUUCGAAAUCGUCGGACAUGUUGAAAAUUGUAGGGAAAAAGAAAUUUCGAUUUGGUUAAAACGACCGGAAUACAUAGAUCGUGGUAAAUUUGUUGCCGUUCAACCCGGAAGCGUUUGGACGUUCGGUGUCAAACAAGAGGGCCUUCUUCCGUACCGUCUCAAAAAUCCAUUCACGAACGAAUCCCUUCCGGUUUACAUGACGUCGGAAGUUAAAUAUCUUAAAAAUAACGAUGUUUAUUUAGGUAUACCCGAUCUCAGCGAAACGGAUAAAAAUUUUGCAACGUCCGUCGGCAUAAAAUGUUGUCCGGGAUUGCAAGAAAGUGCAAGCGAAGAAGAAUUGCUCGAUCUGAGGGAAAAAAUUUGUUCGGAAGCGAGAGAACGCGGGAUCGGUGGUCAUCCGGCAAGUUUUAAACUCAGGGAUUGGCUCAUAUCCCGACAGAGAUUUUGGGGAACUCCCAUACCCAUAAUAUAUUGCGAACGUUGCGGCGAACAACCCGUGCCGGAAACGGAUUUACCCGUGAAAUUACCCAAAGUGAAAUAUUUAAAAUUAGGUACGAAUCCGUUGAAAGAAGAUAAAUCGUGGUUGAACGUGAAGUGUCCGAAAUGCGGAUCCGAAGGUGCGACGAGGGAAACUGAUACGAUGGAUACCUUCGUCGAUUCUUCUUGGUACUUUUUAAGAUUUCUAGAUCCGGACAACGCUCAAGCGGGUUUCAACGUGGAAAAAAUCAAAAAAAUGAUGCCGGUCGAUAUUUACAUCGGUGGAAUCGAACACGCGACGCUUCACCUGUACUUUGCCAGGUUCAUGAAUCAUUUUUUAUACUCGGUGGAUUUGGUUCCACAUCCGGAACCGUUCAAAAGACUUUUGUGUCAGGGUUUGGUCAAAGGAAAAACUUUCCGGUGUGAAAAAACUGGGAAAUACGUGAGAUCGGAUUCGGUGGAAUUGAAAAACAAAGAAUACGUCGAUAAAAAAACCGGGAAUCCUGUCGUCAUGAAUUGGGAAAAAAUGAGCAAGUCGAAAUACAACGGAGUGGAACCCAGUGAAAUGAUUGAAAAUUAUGGCGUCGACGCUUUGAGAACCGUCAUACUCGCGGAAGCAGCACCGCGUUCGAGUUUAAACUGGGAUGAAAAAUCAUUUAGAAACAUACUCAUGUGGCAGAGCAAACUUUGGGACGCCGUGAAAAAAUUUAACGACGUCAGAAGUAAAAGUGCGACGAAUCCGUCGAAAGACGAAAGAAGCGAAGAAUUUAAAAAAUUAGAUUUGUAUUUGUACGACAGCAGAAAUUUUUACGUGAAAAAAAUAACUUCUCUUUUGGAGAAAACGUUCAGCGUGUCGGUCGCCAUUGCCAAAAUGCAAGGAUUGACGAAUUCGUUGAGAAAAGCAGACGAAGAAACGAUGGCGUUGAGUGAGAAUUACGAAAAAGCUUUGGCAACUCAAAUAAUAAUGCUCGCACCGAUAGCUCCAUCGUUCGCAUCCGAGCUGUGGUCGGGAUUUUUAAAAGCACCCAACAGACUGUCGAAAGAAGAGGGAAUAGAAUGGUGGGAUAAACCAUUGAUGGAACAAAAAUGGCCGAAAGUCGAUGAGGAUUACGUUGAAAAAUCCGAUGGAAUCGUCGUCGACAUGCUCAAAUUAUCAAAUAAAACUAUUGCUGCGGCCAAGGAGAAAAAAAACGAAACGAAAAAAUCGUCUAAGAAAAAAUUAAAAGUUUCCGGAAGUACGAGAAAUGACUAA